AGAAGAAACAACCACCGCCUUUGUAGAGCCUGUUGUUAUUCUUCUGAUCCUCAUUGCCAAUGCUGUUAUUGGGGUCUGGCAGGAGAGAAAUGCAGAGAACGCCAUUGAGGCUCUGAAAGAGUAUGAACCGGAAAUGGGGAAGGUGUAUCGCAUGAACCGCAAGGCUGUCCAGAGGAUCAAAGCCAGAGACAUAGUCCCAGGAGACAUUGUGGAGGUGGCAG